UGAACGAGCGUCAAUUCUGAAACGCUUAUUCAUGGGCAUUGGGGCUUGAUAGACCUAUCAAAGACGGCGUCCCUCGUCCAUUGUUUGCAAGCGCUUAAUCGUGACCUUGUGAUGGUUCAAAAAGGAUCGCAAUGCCAUCUCACUCUUCAUUGCGAUACAAAAUAACAGCAUUCCGAUACCAAUGGCCUCGGCGAAAGAGAAAUACUCUGCGGCAGAGUUUAAGAAAGCUCUAGAAGUCCUCGAUGCAGAAAUGGGCAAAUCCAAAAACCUACGGAAAAUGUCACCACUACGCAUGAUCAGUGCCGGAGGAUUCGUAGCCGUCAGUGUCUUUGGCAAUCGUUCUUCCACCGAAGACAUCGACUACAUUCUAGAUCCAGAACUCAAAGAUCUUCCAAAGGCGGAGAAAAAGCUGAGCAUCGCCAUUGAAGAGGCCGCAGACCAGUUGCGUAUAGGAAAGAAUUGGAUCAAUGACAGCAUGGCGGUGUUCACGGUUGGAGAGAACAGAAAGACACUCUUCCGUCAGUCGAUCCAGCAGAAUGAGAUUCUAUUCCAGGGCAAGCAUAUAAUCAUUUAUGCUGUCAAGUGGCAAUGGGCUCUGACGAGAAAGCUCAUUCGGCUUGGGUCCAAUGUGAAGGGAGACAGAGAUCCGGAUAUCGAUCUCAGUGAUUCUGUCGCGUUGGCGAGGAGAAUCGUCCAACAGAAUGGCGCUCCACUCAAGCGAGACGUCAUCAAAGGGUGGACAGAAAACAUCUACACUCCAAUUGAGGAUGAGGUACUGGACCAAGUCGCAGCUGAAUAUGUCAGAAAGUACGGAACGCAGGGUAUCAUAUGAAGAUGGUGAAGAAGAACGGUGGUAAUCUUGGGGAGGUUCUUGAUUUUCAAUCCGUAGCAAGUUGGUCGGGUCUGUCAUGCACUACAACUUCACUGCUCACAACUCGUGCAAAAUUAUAUUCCAUGGUACCAAGUCACACC